AUGAAAGCCCUUAUACUGGCCGCCGAAGCUCGAACGGCGCAUAUCCAUGAUAUACCACAGCCAACGCCUGCUUCGAAAGAACUACUUAUUCAUGUUAGGGCGGUAGCACUCAAUCCCGUCGACCCACUUUACGUUGCGCAUCCACUGGGCCGCUCGGGACGGACCGUUGGGAGCGAUUUCGCCGGUAUUGUAAUCAAAACUGGCCAUGAAAUACCCACAGAAGCCAAUUUUUGCGUCGGGGAUGAGGUCGCAGGCUUUUUGCAAGGUGCUUGCAGCGUCAACGACCGGCCAGGUGCAUUUGCAGAAUUCGUUGUCGUGCCUUGGGACCUGGUCUGGAAGAUACCAGCGUCGGUGACCGUGGAGCAGGCUGCGGGCGUGAGCCUUGUAGCCCUCACGGCUGCCCAAGCAAUAUGGUAUCGGCUAGGGAUGGAAGCUCCUUUCGCGUAUGAUCGCCAGGAAGUCCUCCAGGAGCACCCAGACCGGAAGUCCACACACAAACAAGCGGAUCAAGCCGAUGUAAUCAACGUUUUUAUCUACGGCGCAUCCACAUCAGUGGCAUUGUAUGCGGCGCAGAUGGUACGACUCAGUGCCAAGUCGAGCGUCAAGGCUAUAAAAUUGUACGGCGCAUCUAGCGAGGCUCGGUGGAAGCUCCUCAGGGCAGAGCCAUACCGGUAUGACGCUCUCGUUGACUACCGAAAUCCUGAUUGGCCAGAGCAAAUCAAAGAACUUACGGGUGGUGUUGGGAUACAUUAUGCGUUCGACUGCAUUUCUGAAGCUAGUUCCGUCGAGCGCACUUGUUUGACCCUCACAGGCAGUGGGAAGAUAGCCAUUGUCCGAUCUCGCGAAGGAGGAGCUUGGAAGGCGAAUAGUAUUCAUGUCGAGCCAAGUUAUGGUGCGGUGUGGGAGGCAUUGGGCGAAGAGGUGCAGUACCAGGGCUUUACUGUACAACGAUCACCGGCUGCUCGGGGGUUUGCAGUGGCGUUCUACGCGUGGCUCGGCGAAUCCGUGGGUUCCGAGCUGAGCCCAAAUCCAAUCAGAUUGAUGCCGGGUGGUUUGGAGAGCGUUGUUCGGGAUGGAUUCCAGCUGCUUGGUGCAGGUGGCAUGGAGGAAAGACGAAUCAUUCGCGCUGAGCCUUGGAUGAGGUCCGUCAGUGCCGAGAAGCUUGUUUACAGAAUCUGA